AUGUUGCACUGUGCCCUCACCCCUCAAGAUCGCCAAACUCCUUCCGCAUCGAAGGCUGUUUCCUCAGGUGGUAGUUCGGCCGCCCAAUCUUUGAUUUCGGCCCUUGAUUCCACUACUGAAUUCGACGCCUCCAAUGUACUACUAGCCACUGUGUCGAUUAAUGUACUAGACAAACAUGGACGCCCCCACGCAUGUCGCGCUGUUCUGGAUUGCGCGUCCCAAGUAAGUUUUAUUAGCCAGACUUUCUGCAACGAACUUGGCCUCGAUUUGUUAGACGCAGACAUGAAUUUGGAAGGUAUAUCAUCAACCCCCGCACAUGCAGACAAAUGUGUGCAAAUCAUCGUUGAAUCGCAAUGCACCGAUUAUCGUACCACCGCGCCUUGCAUGGUGCUCAACAAAAUUACAAAUACUCUACCCAUCAAACCAGCGAACACCGACGGUUGGCCCAUUCCGGGCUCGAUCACCCUGGCCAAUCCGCUAUUUCAUCGCCCCGAUAUGAUUAGCGUGCUUCUUGGCAUUGAACUUUUCUUCCAGUUGCUUGAGCCUGGAAAAAUUUCACUGAGCUCUGACAACAGUUUGCCCACUUUACAAAACACUAAGUUAGGGUGGGUGGUUGCUGGUCGAUAUCGGUAUCCCACACCACAAGUGACAACUACUACAUGCUUGUUAGCCACCACUGACGACAGCUUGAACCAGCAACUGCAACGAUUCUGGGAAUUAGAGGAAUAUGCACCAGUUUCACCUCAUCUUAGCGACGAGGGAAAACGCUGCGAGGAUCAUUUUUACAAGCACACCGUGCGAGACGAUGAUGGAAAAUUUAUUGUACGGCUACCGUUUCUGGAUUCUCCGAGCUUACUUGGUGAUUCGCGUCAAAUUGCCGAAAAGCGACUAAGUCACAUCGAGCGAAAGUUGUUACGGAACCCUCUUCUCAAGCUGGAAUACCAUGCAUUUCUCCGUGAGUACCUUGAGUCCGGCCAUAUGACACUCAUCGAGAAUCCUCCGAACGAUGCUAUUUAUCUCCCGCAUCAUUGUGUGGUAAAGGAAUCGAGUUCCACCACAAAAUAUCGCGUUGUCUAUGAUGCUGCAGACUACCAGCGGCUUGUCCCUUAA